CACAGCAGGCUGUGGAUAAAUCCAGUUAUUUUGGCUAUGGAUCUUUCCAAAAUUGUGUUGUAAUAUCUGCGACAUUAUUCGAUGCUAUUGAUGAGUUACUGCAGGAUGACAAAGCUUUGAAUUAUUUAACAGCAAAACAAGACGAUAUACGAGGGAAAAAAGACUGAAACCAUAGAAUCUGAAUAGAGUUAAAUAAGUAUGAAAAUAUUGCGGCGAUAUUCCUUUUCUAACUUUAAAACAGCGAUAGACGUCCAUUUCAGAUCAAACUGAACCAAUAUUACAUCACUAGUAGCAACUACAAUAAUAAACCGUAAUAUAAAUGGAAAAAUAAAUACACUGACGCGAAAUUAGAAAGCAACAUAAAAUAAAGGGUCACAUUUUAAGUGGUAAAUUGCGAAGUACUUUGGUUUCAUAGAGAGGAGACAAUAUAAAUUCCCAAACUGAUCCAACUAAAAGCGAUUUUCUGGUCAAAUCUUGUGGAAGAAAAAUAAAAGCCAAUAACUAGAGUAAUAAUUGUAAUGACAUUUACGGUGGUGUUUUUGGCUAAAAGUGGCCUUUAAGACUGACUUUAUGGUUAUUAAAACUUUAAACCGUGAGAGAGAACAUGUUAAAACGGUUAAAAGUCAUUGGCGUUGUGUGCUGUCGGUUGCUGCUUCAAACUUUAAUGACUAGAAGGUGAUGCAUAAUAGCAGAGCUACGGGUUCUUCCUCUCAGCCAAUCACGACAAGGCAAGCGGCGACUGACGUUUCCACCGUCCAAUGAGAAAGUAGAUGGCUCGCUGGCGGGCGGGAGCCUGUGAAGUUUUCUAAUGUUCUAGCCAGCUGUUUCUUCUUGGAUAUUUCAUCUCAUGGCGGAGGCAGCGUUCGAACCUCUCCUGGACCCGUCCGUGGGUCUGUGUGCGGCCGGACUGUGAGCAGGUACCGUCUGAAAACUCGCACGCAGCUUUAGGCCACCCGAACUUUGUCUUUGGAGUUGACUCCGGCUAAAAGUCGCUAGCUACGUUUUCGGAACCAUGAGGACGGGCUGGGACGUGCUGGUCACGUCGGUUCGGAAAGAGCUUUGUGUUGGAAUGACUGAGUGAACUCGUUUCGGACACUUUCUCCUGCCGGGCCGGGUGCAGGGGGCUCCGGUCCGACCGGUGAAGUGGCACUCGGUGCUGGGAUCCACUUCUGCCCGACGUGUUGGGACUAGUGGACUCCAUCCGAGCGGACCGGGGCUGCUGUGGCUCGGAGGAGCCCGCGGUACCGGAGCGGAGUCCUGGUUCUCAUCAAAGUUGCGCGCGCGCCCCCCCCCAAAAAAAAAGUCUCGGGAAUUAGCGGCCACGCGCAUGCGCACACCCACGCGCCUCCGUGAAGGUUAAUUAAGAUUGACAGGUGAGUUGCGUGGCUGGGACCGAGGAUGGUGGAGAACCGGAGCCAGAGGGAGGGGGUGUUCCGCUGGUUCUCCUCCCUCACCUCCGCCCAGAGAGCCGAGUUCCUGUGCGGCCUGCUGGACCUCUGCGUCCCCAUCGAGCUGCGCUUCCUGGGCGCGUGCCUGGAGGACCUGGCCCGGAAGGACUACCACUCCCUGCGGGACGCCGAGAUCCGCGCCAACAACCCCGCGGACCUGUCGGGACUCACCAACAUCACCGACGAGGUGGUGAGGAGCAAGCUGCUGGUGUCCCUGGCUCUGAUGGGCUCCGACAACCGGGACGCGGCGGGGGUCCUGUACCGGACCCUGACCCACAUCGACUCUGUGAUCAACAACUACGGCCUGGCUCUGAACGACGGCCGGACCGAGGAGCAGUUCCUGCUGCUCUUCACCAUGGCCUCCAACCACCCGGCCUUCACCUUCCACCAGAAGCAGGUGCUGAGGCGGCUGCUGCUCCAGAUCCAGGAGACCCUGCAGGCCAGUGGCGAGAGAGAAGCUCCGGGACUCGAUCCCGCCAUCUGUCCCCCUCAUCACCAGCAUCUCCCCCCGGCCGUCUCCUCCUGCCCCCCGCCUGACCCCGUCCGCUCGCCUCCGCCCACCUGCCACUUCUGCCUCGCUCACGCCACCUGCUGGCACAAGAGUCCGACCAGAGAGGCUGGACCAGGUCCUGGGUCGGAGGGCCCGAUGGACCCGUCCCUCCACCUCGAGGCUCCGCCCCCUCAGCUGCCUGUUCCCCUCCUGCCUGCUGGACCGGGUCAGAACGGAUCCGCAGCCAAGAGCCUCCAGAGUAAGGCAGGGAAAGCGGUGCUGGAGAGAGUGGUGCUGCGAGGAGCGACGCACAAGUCUGAGGAGGCCAGCGAGUUCAUCUUCGAGGCGACCUGGUCCGACGGUUUUGUGUCGUCCGUCGUCAGAAAUCGCUCAGAGCUCACGGAUCUCCUGACCCAGCUGUCCAAGGUGUUUCCAGACCUGAGACUGGAGAAGACCCCGCCCCCGUCUGCUGAGGUGGACCCCCGGUGUCUGACCUCGCUGCCCUGCCACAUCCUGCAGCACCACAGUGUCCAGCUCUUCUUCACCUCCACCGGGCCUCUGGCUCCCAAAUACCUGUCCACUGCCUCCCACCCCUCCUCCUCCCCCUUCCUCCCGCGACUGCUCUCCUCCCUCCCUGCUGCUCCCGCCGUCCCGCCGUGUCCCUUCACCUCUGGCACUAGUGCCAGUUGCUCGGUGCAGUUCCGGGGAGCCAACAGGGCGGUGUACCGCGUGGCCAGCAUCCAGCCGGUGGUCAGCGCCCACAGCUCGGUCCUCACCCGCUCCACCCCCCAGCUCUCCUGCCUCCCCCCUGCCCUCCCUCGCCCUCAGCUCUCCUCCCUCCCCCCGCCCGUCCCAGCACUUCCCAGUGGGGGAGAGGCUCCCUCGCAGCACCUUCACCCCCCCUCCUACUCCCACCUGCACCUGCACCCCGCUGCCCCCCCCUCCCCGUCUCACCCCCGGCCCCCCCCUCAGACCGCCCCCCCGGAACAGAACGGCAUCCUGGACUGGCUGCGGAAGCUGCGGCUGCACAAGUACUACCCUGUCUUCAAGCAGCUGACCAUGGAAGAGUUCCUGGCGCUGACGGAGGAGGACCUGAACAAGUACGACCUGACGCAGGGAGCCAAGAAGAAGCUCAAGACUCAGCUGGAGCUGCACAAGUCGGCAGACAGGGAGCUGAAGCUGGAGAAGCGUCCGUGCGGGGGCAUCGCCAGGGUCCCGCCCUCCUGUCACAUGGGGCCCCCGACACACUCGUGUGCAGUGGAGGGGGACCCCCAUCACCCCGACUCCUCCCCCUCCUCCGGGUACUCCAGCUCUCCGUGCUCUCCUCACACACACGUCUGCUGCAGCUCCGACCGAAGCCGAGACAGACGGGCGCCCUCCGAGGGCGGCGGUCCGGACAAGGACCGUCCUUGCGUCUUCAUCCUGGGUUCCGGCUGCUCCGCCGUCUCCACUCGACCCACCGCUCAAGUCUUGCCGGUCCAGACCGACCCGCCUCGCCCCCCCGCCCCCGUCCCUCCACCUCACUUCCGCCCGCAGAGCUGCGUCCUGGCGUCGCCCCGCAAGCCUCGCCCCGAGCCUCAGGACCCCCGGGGGGGUCUGAUGGUGGACACCAGCUCGGCCCUGACCUCCACCUCCAACAGCCUGCACCAUGUCUCCCACCCCCCCCUGCACUUCCACCUGUCCUCCUCCUCGCCCCCCUCCCCCUCCGUCUACUACUCCUUCCCCCCCACCUCCUCCCUCUCCACCGUCUCCUCCAGGUCCCAGUCCGGCUCCUCGGUGGGCACCGUGCCCGGGACCUCCUUCUUCCACCCCCCUGAGCCGGGCCCAGGUCACUCCUCCUCCAUGUGCGUCUGCAGCUCCUGUGGCUGCCGGGGGAACUGCGGCGCCUACGCCACGCUGCCAGGAUACGCGGCAGCUGCCGGUUACCUGCAGCCCUUCUCCGCCGGCCCCUCCCUUUUCACCCUGGGGCCCCUCCUCCACCUCAGCCCGCUGCCCGUCUCCUCCAGCUCCGCCCCUGCGGCCGGUCCUUUCUCCUACCAGAUGAUGGCGCCGCCACCCUUCUACCGGCAGGCUGCCGCUGCACAGGAGCAGAAGGGCUUCUACCAGCCGUACCCGGCCCAGAAGAGGACGGCGGGGAACCCGUCCUGCUACAACUGCGGCGCCAGCGGACACAGCGCAGAAGACUGUCGAGAGCCCGCCAUGGAGGCGCAGCAGGGAUCGUUCCGACUCAAGUUCACCUCUCACUCAGACACGACCGACUCUGCCGACUAGUCUGGACUCUCCAAGCAUCACUGCAGGUUUGUUGUCACACCUGGGCGGGACUCACCUGGGCCAUGUGACCUCACCGUCUGGACCCAGAGCUCAGGUGCGGCUGGGCUCCUCAGAACCUUCCUGUAACUGCGUGUGCGUGCAUGUGUGUGUGCGUGUGGCCCGGCUGGACCCGGAGCCUUCUGGACCCGAGUACCCCCGGUCCUUCAGAGCCUGACCCCUGGGGGGUCGGACCCUUCGUCAUGAUCAAAGUGUGGGAAUUAAAACGUUCUUGUUCAGGAACGCUCAGUGGUCCUGCUGAGGUGCGUUCCACUUCCGUGUGUCUGUACGCUCACCUCAUUCCUCCCUUCUUUACGGAGCGUCCCACUCGUCUGAGCGGUUUUCUUGCUCUGUCACGGUGACACUAGUGGGACGUGACCUGACUGUUUACGCGCGUCCUGCUGUGGUGUGUCCUGCUCGUGUGACCUGUGACUUGGUUGAAAUGCAGCAUAAUGGAGAUGAGAGUCAAGAAGGCACGUCCCACUUGUGGCCAGACGUCUACAUGCUGGACUGUCCUGUCCUGUCCGGGGUGUGUUCCACUCCGCAUUUCUCCCCGACCUCUCACUGCGUCCCACUUGUGCUUUAAUGUGAUGAAUGCCAUUUUAAUCUUCCAAAAACGAGCGACAACAGAUGUCAGUUUUCCCCCUUUUUAUUGUUUACAAAAUCCCAACAUAAAUACAAAGAUGGCUACAUGAGUGUGUGUGUGUGUGUGUGGACAGGUUUACUUGGUCGAGCAAAGAAGAAAUAAAACCUUAAAUAAAGAAGAUAAAAUACUGCGAUAUAAAACCGUAGGGCAGGCGGGGUCAGGGGUCAGAGGGCGGGCAACACACGGGACGCUUCAGAGCGGACGUGUCGGACCCAGACGGCUUCAGCUGGUGUCGACACCAAGGCAACGUAGCAAACUAGCAUCUCAGAUGGGGGGAGGGGACGCAGAGGACCGUUUGUUCAUGGAGACGCAGGAGCAGCACCCGUCCCGUCCCGACGGCCGUGAGAUCCAACAUGGCCGGAGACAGGUGGGUGGAGAGGAGGGGCUCAGUGGGCGGGCGACCCGAAGGUCUCCUGCGAGGCGUACACCAUGUAGAGGAAGCCGUCCUGGUCGCGCUCGCGCUCGUACACCUCAGAGAUGGCCGACGACACCGACACCAUGCUGUGGCCGUUGACCAGCAGGAAGAAGGCCUGGUUGGAGUUCAGCUGCAGGCGCCGCCUGGUGGAGGGAGGGGGACACAGUGCGGAAAAUACAUCGCAUGAAAUAGACUGAGAAAUAAGACACAUGAAUGUCAAAAAAAAACAACCUCAAAAUACAUGAUUGUAAAACAAAUGUCAAAAGUAACAAGGGAAAAAUGUCUCAGCUGAGAAAAAGUGCCAGAAGCUCAUCACCACCAACAAUAGACAUGAAACAUGAAGAGAUCAUAGUGAGCGUCCUACCUGAUGAUCUUGAUGAGCUCGCUCAUGUUGACGUGGUCCGGCACCAGGAACUUGGUCUUGUCCAGGACGGGCAGCUGCUUCUCUCCUUUGUAGCGCUCGAUGAUCACCUGACCAGAGAGAGGGGGGGAGGGGGGCGUCAGGCUGCUCUGGCUCGGGAACAUCUCGGGGAAGCUUCGAACGGUGCAGUGCAUGAUGGGACGUUAAUGAGUGGGGGAGAGGUUUUCCAGCAUUUUAGACUACAGUGACCUGCGACCCUCAGAACAAGUAAACAACUUGAGUGGAGCCACAGAAAAAGAAAGCUGCUUCUUCCAACGUGACUCUCAGGAAAUCUGGAUGGCACAAACUUCUAAAAAUGAGUGUCAGAAUAGUAAAAACAUAAAUCAUGUUGUAAGAAAAAAUGCUCGAACAUGGAGUCAAAGAAUGAAACCAUUUUAAAAAAUAUGUUGUCUAAUAAUAAUUUUAAGAAACCAUUAUACGGGUCAGAUCACAGAGGAAGAUGAAAAUACUUUUUUUUUAAAAAAGGAGAAUAAAACCACAUGACUGAAACCUGAGCACUAAGGCAGCUGACUCAGCAGAUCAGCUGACCGCGACAUCUGCCGGGCCUCAGAGGUCGGAGCAGAUGCCGACCGGUGUGUUCCGGUUGCUAGGAGAACGGGGCGGAGCCAGAACCUGAGCUGGACCUGCUUCAGGACCCGGUCGCCGCCCUCCCUGGCCACCUCCGACUGGGUGCUGCUGAGUGGGCCUGAGGUAAACAGGACUCACCGGGAUCUUGUUGGGGUGUUGCUCUCGGAUCAGUCUCACGUCUUCUAGUCUCUGUUCUGCGGAGGGAGAGAGAGACCAGUGAGUGUGGGUCGUGUGACUGCUCUUCCUCGAUCUUCAGACGUCUGCCCGUGAGAACGGAGAAGCGAAACACACGCGGCGCACAAGCAUGACUGCUGACUCGGCACCGCCACUGACGCCGCCUCGGGUCAGAACCCACACGGCCCAACACCUGCGCGGAGGGGAGCGCCACCUGUGUGACACCGUGGCUAAGUGCCAGAAGCUGCAGCCAGCUUCAGGGAGCUAAUGGCUACAGCGAAGAAGACACGGGGCUCAUGACCGUGUUUUGCUUCUGCAGAAGACCAAGCGAGUCCCGUGGUGCGGCUGACGUGAGAAGGGCCUGUGUCCGUCACGUCAGAGAGCCUCAGGAAAUGACUCCAGGUCCGCCUCAAAGUCCCCACCGGAACUCGCGCCAUGUGACUGUCAGCACCAGACCAGUGAGCGAGCGAGUCUGAUUCAAUCACCGCUGUUUAUCUCUGGGAGGACUUCAGACCCAAACGUGUCACGCUCAGACGGCUGUGAGUCAGCGGGCGGCAGAAGUGGGGAUGUCAAGCGGCGGGGUUUCCAGAUGUUGCUCAAAUCGCUGACAGAUGUGGCGGCGGGAAAUAACAGAGGCACAAACGCACUUUGCAUUUCGCCAGUCUGGACUUUUGAGAAGUGUUUCCAUCAGCUGACCUCCAGACCAGAGGUCAGGUCGGACUUCCGCUGUAACCUUAACACGUUCUGCUGCGGAGCGACGCUGCCUUGGUUCGUGGUAUUCCAGGGAGCAGAGUAGAACUGAGCGAGUCGCAGCCGCACACAGACAUGGAGAGCACAGCUACUGAAGCUGGUGGCUAACAACAGCUGUCAUGCGGGAAUGCUCCACGACCUGUGGUCGUCACACGCUAGUGCUACACGUAGCCUUCAGCGGACAACAGGGUUUCACCUGCAGCAUCCCAGUGUUGACCAGUGUGCGCUAACACUUAGCCAGACCACAUUCUCCUGUCGUGCUUUUGUUUCAACCGCCGGCGAGAAUACCUGGCUCAGACGUAACGUUUUCACAGUGAUUUCACUGGAAAGGAUUGAAUUUGAUUUUCAUUUCAGCGAGCGGCUAAUGCUAGUUAGCCAGUGUGCACUGUCCUCACCAUGAUCGCUGAAUCAGUCAUUUAACUGUGGCCUUCAUGGUUGACGUUUUCAGGUAAUACUUUUAUUAACAGUGAUCAAAACGAUGCGCUCUGCGAGCAACGCUUGCAGCUAGCCGUCGCUAACCUCCAUGAGUGUUUCUGGGGCCGACGGCUGGCCACCAGCUGCUGAACCUGACACCAGACAGGUGGGUGCUGACCAGCCACAACACUGCAGUCACACAGCUGCUGUGGCACGCGUGUGUCCACCUGGACACGUCACGUGCCGACCAAUCGUUCAGUGGCUGACAAGUCGACGAAUAUCUCAUUUGUGUGACGCCUCCGAGAGGACCGCUGGGAUGAAAACAGCGCAGUUCAGGGAGCUAGCGUUAGCAUCGCAGCCUGAAGUCCUCUGUUUCAUCCAUGACGGAAAACUCGAGACCGGAAACGAAAGAUAAACCAGAAGCAAACUGCGGCUCAUAAACCCCAUAACACGUCAGUGUACAACACUGUCAAAGAGGAACAGUCUGGUCGCUGCGCCAGUACAGAGCACGCGCGUGCCCGCGUGUGUUUGUCCUGCCCGGGUCACGUGUGAUUUGGGGGGGGGGGCAACUGGACCAAUCGGGAUGGAGCUUUUUUCUCUCUGUCGCUGGGAAACUGGAAACAACUUGUGCCGUAAUAUGUGGAGCAGCCGCGCACGGAGAAACAAAGAGGCCGUAAAGUGGAAGAAAGCCGUCGGAGUUGAAGCGAGAGACUUGGCCAGUGAGACCGAGCGUUCCAGUGACGUCAGACUGAAAUAAAGGCGGACGGCGUGUGGCUCCACAGUCGCGGAGGUCGACCCGAAAGACGCCUCGGCCCCAUCCCCCGAUCACUUCAGCCCCAGGACGCGUCUGAAGGGCUCGCGAGCACGCGGCGGCUAGCCUGCGCACGAGCUAGCAGCGAGCCCGCGGAGUGAGUCGUCACCUACCGAGCGUCCUCCUCUGCUUGAAGCUCUUCUCCGAAGGCAUCGUGCCGUCGAAUAAAACCGACAGUAAAAGAAUAUACACGGGUCCGCGGAGGCAGCUCUCGGGCGAGUGUUCGGCGUCGCUUCCUUCCUCCGUCUGUUUUGAUCUGGGCGGCCUCCUGCAGCAAAACAAACGGGUCAGCUGACCUGUGACGUCACCGCGCUACUUGGAACUGAAGUUGGAACGUGUCGAGUCUCGAGGCCGCAAUGCACGAGUGCGACUGCGCGGACCCACCGACGCCAUGCGGCCAUUUAUUCUCCUCCACCACCUGCUUCCGUCAGGGGCACCUUUCGAUCAAACCCGCGCCUUUGACGCGUCACGCUCCCGGGACCACCUGAUCCGGCGCCUGAGACGCGUUCCAGUUGUUCUCGGAUCUGGGAGAUGAG